AUGACCGACGUUGCUAUGAACACACCGUCCAUGAACCGCGCUCAACGCCGGAGAAGCCGUGGAUUACCAUACGCGCGUCCGACAGCACAACCCGCGGUCACUUCCUCGGGAUCCACGCGUCUCUUGGUGUCGAGUUUGCAUUACGAGGUCACUGAGCAGGAGUUGAACACGCUGUUCUCGUCUCUGGGCGCUUUGGCAAAACCGCCGCGCAUCGUUUUCGAUCGCAGUGGGCGCUCCACUGGAAUUGCACAUAUCACAUACGAACGACAUGAAGAUGCUCUGCGCGCUAAGCAGAGAUUUGAUGGGCAGCCUGCGAAGGGCCAGAACAUAUCCAUCCGAUUCGAAGCAGCGCUGAACCCACCUGCAGCGAGUGCAGGCGGCGCACAGGGGAAGUCCUUGCUUGCGAGGAUCGGAGCAAAUCCCAGUGCGAGUCUGCUGGAUCGCCUUGGUGCACCUCCGACUGCACCUGCUAAGCGAGCGCCUGCUGCAGCGAAGGCAGUCCCGUCGGGCCCUGGUCCUACUCGUGUUCCUCGCGGUAACCGUCCUGCUCGUGCGAGGAGGGCAAAGCCCAAGACACAGACUGACCUGGACAAGGAGUUGGAUGUCUAUUUGGCUACCGAUAGUAAGCCACAGAGUGCGGAGAAGGCGGCUAAGGGAGAUGAUGUGGAAAUGACGGUUUGAUAUUAGUAUGCUAUCAGCGAUCUGUAUUCUCUACAAUCCCUAUCUUGGUCAAUAUGCGAUCCGCAUAGGUAUGGACAUGACGCUGACCACUCUGUGGGCCGGCAAGCGGCUGUGAAAUCAGAUCAUCAUUACAAUGCGCCACGCCAACUUCCUACCUCCGUAUGGAAUGAUAUGGAGAACGCAGGGACAGUACGGAAUCAGGACGUCAGGACGGUGUAGAAGGAGAGGAACUUCAGCAGGGAAGCACGCUGCUUGCCCUGCGGUAGUUCGCUCACGACCUUGUCCAGGUCGGCUUUUCCAAAGUCGUGGGCCGCAAUGUUGCCGGCUUCGCAAGCGUUGUACGCAACGGUGCCUUGGAGCGCGUAGAUUUCCCCGAUGUCAGCAAGGGUGAGGUGGCGGAAGUGGGCAAGGUAGAAGGGUUCCUGGACGAGUUGGUUGAUCGGGUAGUCGUUGGCGAAAGUGUACCAGUCGACGGUGCGGCGAUUAGCCGGAGGAAGUGGUUCAUUCGGAUAGUGGACAGCCUUGAUCAGAGCGAGGCGGGGAAGGUCGUGCACACGGCGAAGCGCGAGCUCACGGACGCGCUCUUCAUGAGGCUUCAGCAUGGUGAUCUGGUAGCCCAAGGAGUCGUUGAGGCGAGCCUGUUAAACCCACUGGGCGCGCAUGUCACCGUUGCUAGCCGUGAGCUUGGCAACCUCCGCCGCGAAGGCAGUGUGCUUCUCCCCGAGGUCGGAGUGCUUGGCCUCCAGCGCAGAAUAAGAGUGAGCAGAGGCCUGCAGCGUCUGGAGCUCCUCUCGUGACUCGAGAAAGGCUUCCUGCAGCUUGCUGAAGCGCAGUUCAAGUGGGGCAUCCGACGGGGGGAGUUCAACCUUGAACUUCUUGAUCCGGUUUUUGAGAGCCUGCGACCUGGCCAUAUGGUCGGCGGCAUAGUGCUCCAGCAACAGUUCUUGGCCCUUGACCUUCUGCAUGAGCUCUGUGCGGUCUGCCUUCACCUCCGCGAGCUGGUGGAAAACUGCAAGAGAGG